UGAAAAUAUCGAUGUUUUAUUAACAGAAAGCUUUUUUUGAUAUAUGUUCGGGAUGCCAUGAUUUGAAAUUGUUUAUGUUUUAUAUUUGAAAUUAUAGCCCUUUGAUUUAGUAAAACUUCGGACUCAUCGAAGAACAAUCAUUCCAAAAUUAACUUCCGUGUCAUGAAAUAUAUAAUAGUUGAUUUUCACUAUCUCUUCGGAUAUCAAUAACUGAAACUUGAGGUUGAAGUGCGAUUGUCAACGCUCACUGUUCAAUCACAAUGGAUUUUUUUGCUGUGGGACAAAAUAGAAGAUAAAUUCUAAAGUUUGAUGAUUUUAUCACAGUUGUGAUUACAUGUGAACAUAUGCAUUGUACAUUUACAAUAAAAUAAAAGCAGCAUUAAACAGUGAGAUUUUCGAAAACGAAAAUAAAAAAUAAAACGAAAGUAGUAGAAAAAAGGAAGAUUACAUACCCAGAGGCAUAAUAAUGAGAUCAGAAUUAUUGUUGGUUUAAAAAGGAGAAAAGUGGCAAGGUACACAAAUGUAUCUAUACUUAAGGAGUGAGGGUCGCAUUGUCCGUGCUCCAAUAGUGACCCUAAAGGACUGCCUUCGGCCUACCGUGGGCCAGUAUGUGGAGGCGAGGAUCGAGCCCGCCCUCUGGUACAAGGUUCUCAUUCUCGACUCUAUCUUCAUAGACUGUGAUCACAGGGCCAUACACUGUAGCUGCGACAGUGAUGAGAAUGCGCGCGCACUUCAUUCUCUGGAACCAGCGGCGUUGACACUUGAGGUUGUGGCAGAAUUCUUUAGUGAUAAAGACAAUAUUGGAAACCCCUCCAUAUCAAGAAAUGGUUCUCAUAUCUGUAACACCAGGCCACAAUGUAUCUGAAAGGCGUCAACUACAAAGUCCGGAAACGCGCAUCUCGCCAAUCCCCUAAAUGCAGCCUUAAGGAGGAGUGACGCUAAUAUAAAAUUUUCGCCCCUCCUGCAAAUAUUCUGACAGCGGGCAUUUUGGUGAUUGUUGCAUUAUUUCAUAAACACUUAUCCAUCCAACAUACGGAAAAACGCUUAGUUCUAAUAAAACCCGUCGCUCCAAUACACUGAAAGGUGUCAUAUUCUCCAUCCAUCAUACGGAAAAGCGCUUAGUUUUAAUAAAACCCGUCGCUCUAAUACACUGAAAUGUGUCAUAUUAUCCAUUCAACAUACGGAAAAGCGCUUAGUUCUAAUAAAACCCGUCGGUCCAAUACACUGAAAAGUGUCAUAUUCGAGUAAUGCUGUUAAUUUCGCACAAACCAUCUUGUACUAAUUCAGAGAGCCACCAUUUUGAGGAUUAUUGCUCAGUUCUACAACGAACAAGUCCGCGGACUUAUGAACAGCGUUCUGCCCAUGAGGAGACAUGCUCCUGUACAUCGCACGAGGACCAGACGUCAAACGUUCGGAUGAAAUCUACCUCGAGAGGUGCUUCCUUCCCAAUAUCGGCUCCUAUUUCGAGCAUCGAGUGGAACCGGGACUCUGGUUCAAGACUCUUACGUUGGAUUCCAUCUUUGUGGACUGUACUGAACGCUCUGUGUCUUGGAUUUCUAGGGAUGACAGUGAAGCUAUAAAACUGCAUAAUGGGAUACUGGAACAAACUUUACAUGCAGUGCAAGAAGUCUUUAGAAAUAAAGACAAGUUUACGGACGAUAUGUUGGACCCAACCGUAGAUGAGCUUUUCGAGCAUGCAACAGAGCUGUUUGAAGCAAUAAAUGAAGAUAAAUUAGGCGAAAAUGUGUGCGAACAUGUUAUACGCUUACUUCACGUAUACAUACUUCCGAGGAUUAAACUGAAUAAAGAAUUCGAGACGAAUGUAAGUGAAACGCUGCAGACAAUAAAUGAAGAGGAAAAGAACAUUAUCAGUCUUAUAACCACACAAAUUAAGACAAAAGAACAGCUCAAGGCCUCGUUGAAACAAGACAGGUAUAGGUUUCUAGGAACAGAUGGGUUUUUGAAACAAAGUUAUUUAAAGACGUUGGACGAAACAUUUUUGCAAUGUCUCUAUAAACAUAUAGUAAUUGACAUAGAUACCACGGCCAAAGAAAUUGAUAAAUUUGAAAAGCAGAUAUCAGUGUUACGACUAUCAAAAGCAUCGCAUGACAUGGCUAUGGUUUCUAGGUUACACAAUCUAAGAGACAGUUCUAACUGCGUUCGAGUUCAUCAACACUUACUGAAAGUAAGGGAAGAAGUGAAAUCAGCUCUACACGUUUUUGAAACGGAAAAAGACGCGUCGUUUAACUGUGAAACUCAUCCUAGACGGUAUCGAAAAGACCACUACGACUACGUGAAAAAGAAUCAUAGUCUAAAUCUCAUUGAAAAGGAAAUAUUGGAUUUCAUGAAUACGAAAGUGAAACUGAUGAACGUGAGAGAGGCGGCAGAGCUUUUAAUUCAUGAGAUAAAAACUAUCGGCCAUUCCUAUGGGUAUACUGGUAUAAAGGGUGGACAGCUGGACGGUAAAUGUGCCACAGGUAGCCCAGACGAGUGGGAUACGCUCCAUGUCAAAGUAUGUAAACUAGUCUGGGAUACAGAAACAAGUGUUUUUCAAAAAAUGAACAGUCUCUGUGAGGAAUUCUCACGCAGCUGCGAAGAAAUCGUCUACGAAGCCAGCAAAAGGGGCAAGGUUGUAAGUCCUCAGAUGUGCAUGUCAACGUGUGCGUAUUUUAAGAAGCACAUAGACAACUUGGUUCAGACGGUGGCGGAGGAAAUAACAAAGCCGCCACACGACGCGGACUCUAUCAAGAAUUUUUAUUUGUGUUUUGAACAGCAUGUGUUUUCGAGGACGAUGCCGACAGUGAUACAUUUACACAGGUUUUGUUACUGUCAGCAAGGGACUAAGCUACUGAGCAAAAUCAACGAAAAGUACCUUCCAAUGGCGAGCGUCAGCCGAGAGUCGGUGAAAUCAGAAAUAGACGUGGAUGAUAAGGAAAGUAGCGUAACAACGCUGCACGAUGAAAAUGGACAAAUGCUUCGCUUGAUAAAACAUUUAACAAAGCUGGUAUUAGAUCUCAAUUCAACUAAUUCUCUGGCACACAAACUCAACAUGUGUAAAACAGCGGUGUGUCUGGUUAAAGAACAAAUUCAAGACGAAGAUUUUACAAUAUCCGAGUUGUGUCCUGGGGAUUUUUUAGGCAGCCUGUUGACUCUUUUGCGACACUUAGAACCGAACGUUGUGUGUUCACUUUAUGUGCAACUGCAUCUUCUUGAAAAUCUGUGUCCCGACUGCUUGAAGGGAACGUCACACUAUAUCGCCAUGGUUACGCUUACCGAGGCCGUUAAGUCUUUACUGGAUAUAUAACCCUGCAUUAUAAUUGUCAAGCUAGCUGAUACAAUUUCUUAUAGAUAUGUAACAAUGUCUAUAUAUGAGUCGCGUUCUGGGAAAUCUGGGCUUAAUGCAGUGUCGUCCCAGAUAAGGCUGUGCAGUCCGCUUUUAUGGAAGUCUUCGGUCAAAGGAAGUCUCUUCUAGAUGAACAUCUAAUAUUGGCGAAAAGUGUCGCACCCGAUAAGCCUGUUUGGACUGCAUCGGUCUAUCUAGAACACUUUACGUACACGCAGUAAGCCCAGUUUUCGCAAAAAGAGGCUCAUUUGGUGCUUGUCAAAGUUUUAUGCCCCCAGAUCGAAUGAUCGGGGGUAUAUUGUUUUAGCCUGUCUGCCUGUCUGUCAUUGUAGGUGUGUCCCAAAACUUUAACCAUGGCCAUAAAUGUUGCAAUAUUGAAGAUAGCAACUUGAUAUUUGACAUGCAUGUGUAUCUCACGGAGCUGCACAUUUUGAGUGGUGAAAGGUCAAGGUCAUCCUUCAAGGUCAAAUCUAUGGCUUCAAAGCUCAGUAGGGGCAUUAUGUUUCACAAACACAGUGCUUGUUUUCAUAUUAACUUGAUCGUCAUGGGUGAGCGGGAGCGGAGGUCUGAUGGUGGCGACAUUACAUAGCUAACCGCUACAUUAAUAUUAAAACAUCAUUUGAUGAAAUCAUUGCCAAAAUUUGUGUUCACUUAUUUAUUUUCAAAGAGAUAAUAUUUGCGCUUUGUAUCCAUUUAGAAAAAUCCUCUAUUUGAACAGUAGAACUUAAUUAGAACCUAUUUUUAUUGAUAAACAUGAAUCGUACUUAUUAACAAGCAAGCAAUAAAGUUUGUUGAAUAUGUCAUACCGCUCGCUUUUUAUCAAAUUAAUAAAAUCUUACAUACGUUGAAUUAAAUUACACUACAUAAACUAAUAUUUAAGAAGCCUCUUAACUGAAAUUAAACAAUUGUUUGUCAUGUUGUCCCAGUACUAAGUUCUUUAGAUUAAAAAGUUUUUUUACUAUACAUGUACCGCCAUGAUAUAAGAAAAAUGUUUGCCUAGUGUAAAAAUAUUUUGUACAAAAAAAUAAGUUGACUUUGAAUGUUCAAAAGCGAAUCUUUCAAACCACAAUUUCCCAAAAUUGGCCUUAUUUUUGACAGUGUUUUUAAAAACAUAAAUGAAUUCCUCGAUCGUCCUUGUAUUCCUGUUUAAAUGAUAUUUAAACAAAUAUAAAAACUGGAAAACAGCAUAUUAGUGGUUUAGUUGUUUUAUUAAAUAAUUUACAUUUUUUGUAUCACAUAUCAUGGUAAAUACUAGAAUAUUAUACAUAAAUAAAGUAAACAGCACAACAUGGAACCUUUUUUGCAUAAGACUAUAAACACUGCAAGUAUUUACAUGUAAGAUAAUUUCUAUUUUCAAGUUUAUUGAUGUUUUCCAAUGUAGAAACAUAAAACCAUGAAACACAUUAGGUCUCAAUAAGAUAAAGUUAUCUUUUUUAACCUGUACUCUAUCAGUUUUUCAUCUUUCUUGUAUCGCUAUAGUACUACUAGUUAUCAGCAUGAAUGAACCAGGUAACACAUUUAUUUCCUUCUUCCACCAGAUUAGACGAGCAUUGAAUUUAAAGCUCUUCAACACCAACACAAUAUUUCCUCAACUUGGUUUUAUCAGCCAUACCAAACUGGACUUGACAUAAGAUUGGUUUCACAUCUAAUCUAAAAAAAAAUGAAUUGCAAAAAAUAAUUCCCCCCCCCCCC